AUGACCUACAACACAUCUCCAAGACAACUCUACUGCCCUGCUGUGUUUGAUGGCUUACUGUGCUGGGACUACACACCAAGUGGGACAGUGGCCAAGGCUGAGUGUCCCCAUCACAUAGAGAAAUCUUUUCUACCAGACGAAUUUGCCCACAAGACGUGUAAUGAGGACGGCACUUGGUUCAGACAUCCAGUCUCCAACAGGACCUGGACGGACUACACGUCAUGUGGCGAGAACAGACAAGCAGAGGUCAACUACCACAUAUUGAUAGCUGGGAACGCCGUCUCCUGUGUGCUGCUGAUCAUUAGUCUCAUCAUCUUCAACUCUUUUCGACAACUCAAGUGCUCCAGGGUUGUAAUCCAUCAGCAUUUAUUUGUUUCCUUUAUUUUAACGGGGAUUAUGUGGAUCAUCAGCUACACAAAGUUUCUCAUUAGCCCAGAGGUCAAGGAGGAACAUCCGACAUGGUGUGUUGUGGUCCACGUCAUCACACAAUACUCGUCCAUCUGCAACUACUUCUGGAUGUUUUGUGAAGGUUUUUUCCUUCACACAAUCGUCGUUCAAGCUUUCUCCAAGCAGAAGCUGUUGCUGAUAGUUUGCUGUGUCAUCGGCUGGGUGUUACCCAUUGUUCCAGUCAUUGCUUACGUCAUCGCUCGAGCUCUUGAUGCCACUAGCAAUGUCAGCUGUUGGUCACACACAGACUGGACCUUCUGGAUCCUCGUCUCCCCAAUUAUUCUCUCCCUUGUGUUAAACCUGAUACUGUUGCUGAAUAUUCUACGUAUUUUACUCUCCAAGAUCAGGGCGUUUAACACCAAUGAACACAACCAGAACUGGAGAGCUGUGAAGGCCACCCUGAUACUGGUGCCACUGCUGGGUCUACAGAACCUGAUCACCAGCGUCAAGCCUGGGAACAUGGACAAGCAGGGCGUGUUCAUCUGGGACCUCAUCUCCAACAUCUUAAAUUCUUUCCAGGGGGCUGUGGUCGCUUUAAUAUUCUGUUUCUUCAAUGGCGAGGUUUUGGCAGUGUUGAAGCGACGCUGGGGACAGUGGCGACACAACUACGACCCGGCUUUUUUGGGCCGACCGUCGGUCAACAGCACGACCUUGGCCAUGACCUUGGAUGACACGUCGACCGCAGGAGCUGCCUUCAAGAACGGCAGCAACAGGAUGACCAAAGCCUCGACCAGAAACGCCAAGGACAGCACGGAGCUCCAGCUGAUGGUGCCAGGUACUAAAGCCUGAAGUGUUGGCGACUGUCACUCCCCUUGUACUUGAAGACAUUCAAUCGAUGCCCGAACGAUUCUACAACCAUCUACAGUUGUGAUGUCAUACAGCAGGCGCCGUCUGGAAACUAUUUGUUCCAUCAACUCGAGGAUACUCUCUAGCAGAAGGAAGAGUUGAAUUCGAUGUGCGACCUUUCGUAGUUGUAAAAACGAGUUUCAUACAAAUUAUAAGUGUUACAUUUACAGCAGGUGUUACAAAAUAUUCAUCUUGUAACAUUUCAAUUCAAAAAGAAAGAAUUUCGUCAACUGUCUUGAGUGUACAAUUUUCAAAUAUAUCAAGUCUGAUGGUGACU